AUGAUUAAUGCUUCUAGAUGGAAGGAAAGUAACAAAAUAUAGAAAAUCAUCAAAUUAGUUAAAUACGUUUUUUAAAAUUCUGCAAAUUUCAACUUCAUAUUUAUGUAAGUUAUAUACAGAGUGGAAUACAAAACCCCAAAAUUAAUUGGAUUUGUUUUUUUAGAACUAAUAAUUAGAGGAGUCUCUUAUUUACAGUUAAGAUCUGUCUAAACCUAAUAUAAAUUAAGGAGUUUACAAAGGUUGGGUAUAAAACCAGACCCAUAAGAAUUAUCAAUUAUUCACCAAAAGACAAUUUGCAAUAAUUAAACAUAAGUUAAAUUACAUGAUUUUCAUUCAAUUGAUAAGACCAAUAAAUUCAAAAUUUGA